GGUGAAUGGUGAAUGGAUUAUGUUGCUCAUAUGGUUUCCUUACAGAUCCCUUCUCUUCCAAUGUCAAAAUUUAGAAAAUGGCUUAGUUCUCCAUUUGACAUUGACCAAUUUUCCUAAACACCUUCAAGUGAUUCAUUGAUUAGGGAGCAACUAACAUGAACAGUCUUGUUUCCUGCGAGACAAGUACAUGUCCUUUCUAGGAGAUGAAAUAUGGAAUAUAUGGGGCCGAGACUCACUCUGGAGCCAGCAUUUGCAGGACAAGAUUAAUGUGAAAAGAAGUAGGAUGAAAAACUCCACAAAAUUUAGAAAUAAUGAUUUAUUUCUUCAUUGAAAUUGUGAUUGCCAACUUUCUUAUGUGUGCAUUCAUGUUCUAUGGUGAUUCCAAUAUAAAAUAUUAUAUUCAUAAUAAAAUUCUGCUGCCACCGACCUUUGAAAUUACUCAGUUACCAGUCACUGCUCCAUUAGAUCAUUCACAAGGAGCUUGUCUCCAAAAACACAAAGAAAGGGCUAUGGCAGGGGAAGUAAUUAAAAUGUUCAGUUUGAAGCAUCUCUGCCAGAGCUGCCACAUUGACGAGCAGGAUCUAACAUUCUCUGCAGCAAAUUCUCAAUUCUAGACUUUGGUCACUGAUCUAAACUACUUACUAUAAUCUUACCAAAAUUUCUGCUUUAUCUUAUAUUUGUUGCUUAAGUGGCAUAGCCAAAAGCAUUAACUUUGCAAGUGUGUAGUUUGGUUGGUCUCUCCAUUUUGCGGUAAGUGAUGUGAAGGUCUUGAAUUUAAAAUUUUCCAUUUACCAAAUUUUACUGUAAUUAGUGGUUGAUGUGCAUUAUUUUGGCAGUAUUUGCAACAAGAAGACUUGGAAAGACGUCUUAGAUAUACUUCUCUGCAGGCUUUGGAUUCUCCCCCAAAUCAUGAAACUUAAUUGUUCUCACACUAAUUUCAUUCUUAGCAGGUUGCUUUUAUUAGCGGUGAAGAUUAGUUAUCUGAACUUCCUAAAUAACCAAUUUUUUUGCCACCUGCUAUAUCACCAACUACGUUGAGAAUAUGCUGGAAAAUUGAAACUUGUCCAAACCAAUGUAAUACUGAUUCUAUUAUUAAAACCAAUGUAAUACUGAUUCUAUUAUUAAAAAAAUAUAUAUAUGUAAUGAUCAAUUGCGUAUUAUUAAUUAUAAUUAUAUUAAUCAAUAAUAAAGUAGCAACUUCUUGGAGAUUGAUUGAUUUUUAAUUUCCAGGAACUUUCUGCAAUAAAGUUUUGUGCAUGCACACAGUACAACAAAAUUUGUGAUUAACUAGAUCGUUAAUAGCAGCCAUGGCGAUGAAAUCAAUACUUGGAGAUUAAAUCUAUGGUUAACAAGACUUGAGCACAAAAGAAUUAAAAAUUUAAGCAGGUAGCCAAGUGAUUUCCCUUUUUCUUUUUUGUGAUAAAUAAGAUUUUAUUAAUAAUCAAAUCCAGGAAAAACUUAACAAAAUAAGCCAUUCUGUAACCUUGAUGACAAUCCAAAAAUCUCAACUUAAGGCUUAUGACGUUAAAUGAAAAAAAACCUGGAAAAUAUACAAAGAGCUUGGAAAUUACACAAUAAAACGGAAGAACCAGCAUAACCCUAUACCCAAAUGAACCAGAACCAGAAAAUUAUCAGAAACGAACUGCAGAUUGCUGCAAAGUGACAUCCAGAGUGAAGCCAAAGUAUGAUCAAGACCAGCUGGAAUGGCGAGCAGAACUACCAGAAGAAUUGCAGCACUCCCAGAAGAAUUAUACCAUAUGCGAACAAGUGAUUUCCCUGUCCUAUAGUGUUGGCCGACCAAGCUCAUUGGAUUUGUCGAUUUUUUGUUCGGAUGAAUUCGCAACUGAAUUUGUCCAUUUGCUUUAAUUAUCUUAUUUCCUAGAGUCAGAAAAGCAAGAGGAUAGGAGGGGCGAUUCCAAGAAAGACUCAAAAUUUCUGAUUAUAUAUAACAAUUAUUCGCUGGAUAAUUCAUUGCAAAAACAAUGUCUGCAGCCAAACUAGCAACUUGUUUUCUUUACAUGAGCUCUCACACUCGCAUAAUUUUUUUCAUCACUAUUACCCACUUUCUCCAUUUUUAUGCAGACUAUACUCAAGCACUUUCCUUCAGUAUAGAUCGGUUUGAUCCUGGUGCAAACAACAUAAUCUAUGAAGGUGAUGCCGCACCAAUUGUUGGAGCUAUUGAAAUGAACUCGGUCAAGUGGUUAUGUCACGUUGGCCGUGCUACUUAUGUAGAGCCUCUGCACCUAUGGGACUCCUCUACCAGGACACUUACAGAUUUCACUACCAAUUUCUCCUUCACUAUUGAUACUCUUAAUGCUGAUACCUAUGGCCAUGGCAUUGUCUUUUUCCUUUCUUCUGUGGGCAACUCAAUUCCAACCAAUUCACCUGGUGGGUUCCUAGGAUUAUUUAACACCACUACAAGUGAUGCUGCGUCUCGAAACCAAUUAGUCAUGGCUGAGUUUGAUACCUUUGUGAAUGAAGAAUGGGAUCCACCAGUGCAGCAUGUUGGGAUCAACAAUAACUCGAUUCGUUCUGCUGUUUAUGCUAAAUGGGAUCCUGGCUCAUACAGUGGCAAGACUGCUAAAGUUGGGAUAAGUUACAAUGCUACUGCCAAGAACCUGAGUGUUUUGUGGACUUAUGAUGAAAAUCUAGUUUUUACAGGCAACAAUUCCCUUUCUUAUGUCAUUGAUCUAAUGGAACUUCUUCCUGAGUGGGUUUCCAUUGGUUUCUCAGCAUCUACUGGCCAGUAUCUUGAGAGAAACCAAAUCAAUUCAUGGGCAUUCUCUUCAAAUUUGAGAACCAAAGUUGCAAAUAAUAAAAAAGGUGAACUGAAGAGACGUAGGAUAUUGCCUAUUGCUCUUAUUGCUCUAGCCUGUGUGUGCGUUUUGGCGCUUCUUGGUGGAGUUUCACUGUUUGUAAAGAACAAAUGUUGUCCCCCAAUUCCUGUUCCUGUAGAUACUGAUAUUGGCAGAAAAGCUUUGCCAAGAAAAUUUGGUUACCAAGAACUUGCUGAGGCUACCAAUAACUUUGCAAAUGAUAGAAAGUUAGGCGAAGGUGGAUCUGGACUUGUUUUCAAAGGAUUCUUGAGAGAGCUAGGCCGCCUAGUUGCUGUGAAGAAAAUUGAUGCUGAAUCAGAGGAUCUUUUCAUCAAUGAAGUGAAUAUUAUAAGCAGUUUAAGACACCGAAACCUGGUGCAGUUCAUGGGAUGGUGUCAUGAACAAGAUGAGUACUUGCUUGUCUAUGAAUACAUGCCUAAAGGUAGCCUUCAUGAUCAUCUUUUUGGCAAUAGGAGAACCCUCCCUUGGAAUGUGAGAUACAGUACAGCUUUGGCCUUGGCCUCAGCUCUUAAAUAUCUUCAUGAAGAUGCAGAGCCACGUGUACUUCAUAGGGAUAUCAAACCAGGAAAUAUAUUGUUACGUGAAGAUUUCACAGCCAAAGUUGGUGACUUUGGGAUUUCCAGGUUUGUGAACACUCAGUUGAGGACUCAAAGAUCAAAUCCAGUGGGGACUCCUGGGUAUGUGGCCCCUGAAUUCCGACGAGAUGGGAGGGCAACUACACAAUCGGACAUGUAUAGCUUUGGGGUUGUGGCUUUGGAAAUUGCCUGUGGAGUGAGGAAUUUCAGAAAUAAUAAUGAUCAUCGACAGUUGUUAAAGGACGUCUGGCAAAAGUAUAAAGCAGGAAAAAUUCUUGAUUCAUCUGACAAAAGAUUAAAGAAGGAAUUUGAUCCGAAAGAAAUUGAAUGCUUGAUGAUAGUGGGUUUAUGGUGCGUGCACCCAACAGCCAACGAUAGGCCUACAGCCGGAAGAGUGAUUCAAUAUCUCAACUUUCAAGCUCCAUUGCCAAACCUUCCUCCAGCGUUGCAUGAUCCCGAGUUCCUUUCUAAUUCAGACAUAAAUGGAAGGAAUACUCAAUAAACAUGAUCAAGAACAACUAUAAUAUAUUAUUUCAAGAUUGCCAAAAAUAAUAAUUGUCGUUGUAGAAAGAUUAAAAAGUAUGUUCGCCUUAAAAUAUCUCAUAAAUUUAGAAUGUCAUCGCCAUUUGCCAAGUUCUUUAUAAUGUUCAUUACUGACUUCUUAUAGGAAUAGAGUCGUACGUUUGGCAGUAUUAAGGCUUCGUGAGAUUAUAUCUAACCAGAAUAUCGUAGAAAUCAAGAAUUAAAAAGAAAAAUUCAAACAACUCACUUCCAACAAUCCAAAAUCUGCACAUCUUUAGAAUGGAAAAGCAUAACAAUUCAAGCUUUUACAGAGUGGCGGCCAGCUGAAGUUCCUUACAUCAUAACCAGGAGAUACAAUCAUUAAAGAAUAGGGUGAACUAGAAAUUAGUUUUUGAUCACAUGUCGGUUCAUCUAUUUUCAAUUUAAAACAAGUCAAUCAUUUAAAUUUUAUUUUGUCA